AUGCCGCCCAGGACAAGAGCGGGGGUUCAGAGCCAGAAGCAGAAGGAAAAGCAGCUUGCGAACUCCUACAAUGAAUUACUCGAAGAGUUCUCGUCCAAGGAUCUCCGGAGCGUCGGGAAUUACACUUUAGGGAGGUUGAUUGGGAAGGGCUCAUUCGGAAAGGUGUACCUUGCGUCGCACAAGCUCACCAAUGGCUCCAAGGUGGUACUCAAGUCUUCUAGCAAGGAGGACACCAAUUUGGCACGCGAAAUCCACCACCACCGCCAAUUUCUUCAUCCGCAUAUCGCGCGUCUCUACGAGGUAGUCGUGACUGAAAGUUUGGUGUGGCUAGUGCUGGAAUACUGUCAAGGUGACGAACUCUACAACUACCUCCUGCGCCACGGCCCAUUACCAGUCGAUAAAGUCAAAAGGAUAUUUGCCCAGCUAGUGGGAGCGGUAGCCUACGUUCAUAGCAAGUCUUGCGUGCAUAGGGACCUCAAAUUGGAGAAUAUCCUCUUGGAUAAACAGGAGAACGUCAAGCUCUGCGACUUUGGAUUCACUCGCGAGUAUGAGGGCAAGUCAAGCUAUCUGCAAACUUUCUGCGGGACAAUCUGCUACAGUGCCCCGGAAAUGCUGAAAGGAGAGAAAUACGCCGGUGAAAAGGUGGAUGUCUGGAGCUUGGGUAUUAUUCUCUAUGCGCUACUUGCCGGCGAACUACCAUAUGACGACGACGAUGACCAGGUCACCAAGCGUCGUAUCCUCUCGGAGGAACCAAUCUACAAUGCCAAGUUUUCAGAAGAUGCCAAGGCGCUCAUUAACCUGCUAUUGUCGAAACGUCCAUUGAUUCGACCCAGCCUCGAAGAGAUCCUUGCCCAUCCUUUCCUUGCCGAGCACGCCCCCGAACAGCUUGCGAUCCUCAAAAUCCCGCAGCCCUCGCCAUUUACAACACCGCUUGAGAAGACGACUUUGCAACGGAUGAAAAGCGCGGGAGUCAACAUCGACGAAAUCAUUGAGAACGUUUUGGCCCAACGAUGCGAUCCUUUGGCUGGAUGGUGGGCCUUAUUGAUCGAAAAGGAACAGCGGAAAGAACAAAAGCGAGAGCGCAAGCGUCGUGAACGAGAAGCAGAGGCCAAGAACCUGCGCCGCUUAAGUGCGGCGAGCAGCCGGUUUGAAAAACUGUCAUCGGCUCUGGUAGAGGUCGAUGAAGAAGGACAGGGGAAUUCGGGUAGCCAAUUAUCGGACCGUGGGCGUCGCGACAGGCGAAGUCUACCAUCUCAGCUAGCAGUGCCGGAGCUUCCUGCACUGCCUGAACCACUGCCUGUACAGACAACUGAACUGAAGAGUGCUCCUCCCACGCCUCUUGAUAAGGAUUCCAUACAUUCAUCUACCUCAACGAGGCGCCCGGUGCCCCCACCAAAAGACAAAAGGCGUUCCCGCCCUAGCAUGCUACAUGUCAGUGCAUCACAGCCGGAGCUAGCCCAGCAUCAUGGCCUGUUCCGUCGUCGUACCACUGCGAAUCGACGGCACAACCCAAUAAUCAGCCAACUAGCUUCACUGAAACACUGGUUUGUUGAAUCGGCCAAGAGAGCGAAGUCGCCAAGUGCUAAAUCCGCUGGCUCUCGCAAGUUCACGGACAAAUUCAGCCCAGCGAAAAAUCAAGAUAGCGGUAAAAAGGCUUCCUCACUACCUGCUUCAGUUGAGCCAACCGAAGAAGUGGUCACCCCUACUCAGAUCAAACGAAUCUCCAAUGCUAGUAGUCUAGCUCCUAGCAGUGCUUCAUAUCGCCAAAAUCGACAUUCCUACCCUCGUCAGCCACGAGCGUUGAACACUAGCCAUUCGAGUAAUCGAAACUCCCUCUCGCCAUCGCCCAUUACUCCCCGUGGAUCAUAUCGACGGUCAUCAGCCGGACUGCGAGGUCGCAAAUCCACUUCUUCGUCGGUUUCCUCCAUUCGAAGCAUUCAUCACACGCGCGCCCACUCCAAGGCUUCGUCAAUCUCAUCCAAUAGCGUUGACACGGUCGCCACACCUACUGCCCGAAUCGCCAGAUCUCCUCACUCGUCUCUCAAAGUGCUUCCUACCACACCGGGUGCUUCAGCUCGUUUCCCUAGCAAUAUUCGAUUGGUGCGUGGCUCGACACCUAGAGAGUUCGGCGAUCAUCUAGUUCCAGGACCGUCUAAUUUUAACGAAGGCGUGCCCGCGCCAUUACUCUACUCUCCAUCAUCAAGCCUGGUGUUUGCUCGGCGAAAGAGGUCUGCUUUUAAGGGACCCAUGCUCCAUACGUCAAAUCUCAUGACGCCUGGUGGGAUGGUCCACUCGCCACUUCCUGGUCAGUCCGAGGGUUCAAGCGAGUUAAGCGUCCCUGUAGGACGGCCCGCUGCUCGGAAGAGUCAGAUCAUUGAAGAGGAAGAUGACGAGGAAAUUGAAGAAGUUGACGAGUUUGAUGGUCCCGAGGAGGAGACUGGCGAGCCAGCUGAUGCCGUUCACGAGGAGAAUCCGGAGACGGACACUAUCAAAGUCUCUACCGAGCAGGUUGAGGAGACUGGAUCUCCUGUAUCAACUCGCAAGCUGGCUCUUGAACCUGCCCCGGAGUUGGAGUCCCCAACGCGACCUCCACGCUCAUCUUCAUUGCGCUCCCCACCAGAAGUCGCCACAGCUGCCAACAUGCCCCAAGUUGAUGCUGUGACCAUUGAGAAUGUCGAUGCCGCCGGCGAUGCUGCUUCUAAUCAUGUUGCUCCUCCUGAAUAA